CUCUCUACGGACUGUCUGAUCGAUCGGAAGCUUUGAGACGAGCAUCGCUUUAUUCCUCGCUUUCAGGAUAUUUCUUCACAGUUUAUUUUGACUUCCCCUUUUCCCCAAAACAUCCUGCUGUUUAAUCGUGAGGAAUUUAAUCCCCGGCUUCAGAUUUAUCACCUGCACAAAAGUUGAUAAGGAAAGCUAGUUAGCCUCCUAGCUAACUCUUAGCUAGCCUCAAAGCUAACUAGCUGUGGUCGGAGAACAUUUUUGCAUUUAAGGGGGGGGCAUCUUUUUUUUUGUCAGUGCACUUGUACCUAGUCGUGGUGUUAUCAUCCUGACAUUUGAAGUGUAUUUGUGGGGAGGUUUAGAGCUGGUAAGCCGGUUGCUUCCUAGCUAGCGUGCUCGAUAUAGCCUGCUAGCUUUAAUACCCUGCGUAUUUAGCCUGGAAGCUAACUGAAGGCCGCAGUCCACAAUCAGCUGCUACUACCUCCAUCAGAGUGUUUGCACUGCCGUGCAGAGUUGACAGCUUACUUGGUGACGCAGAGACUUCUCCCUGAGGAGCCAAGAAGCAGACGGCUCAUGACUUCUGACCAGGACACGAAAGUUGUAGCUGAACCACAGGUGCAGCAAGUACAAGAGGCAAAAGAGAAUUCUCAUUUGGAAUCACCCAAGGUUUCAGACCUGAACCCCAAUGCGAAAGCAUGGGCCAACCACAUGUUUAGCCUGGACCCCAGCGGGAGCGCCGACACCACAACUGCUGCCCUGCAGCCAUGGAAGGAGGGCUGCGAUAGUUCAGCCGACCCCGGACCAGAAGGCUAUGAAGCCAGUGAAGACAAGGCUUUCAAGGAGCCCCUCCUAACGGACCCCGAUGAGCCCCCUCCGGUGCCAGUGAUGCUGGCCGAGCCGGCCCCCGCGGCCCCCGUCAGCCUGGACAGCUCCGAGCCGCCGGCGUUCACAGAGUUCCCCGAGCCCGGGCAACAAGGGCACACAGGAAGUGAUCCUCAGCCGGAGAGUCCUCAGGAGGGUCUGAGGGAUCACCUGAAGAAGACUCUGGAGUUCUGUCUCUCCAGGGAGAAUCUGGCCAGUGACAUGUACCUCAUCUCUCAGAUGGACAGCGACCAAUACGUGCCAAUCGUGACGGUGGCCAACCUGGACCACGUCAAGAAGCUCAGCACCGACGUGGAGCUGAUCGUGGACAUUCUGCGAUCGCUGCCAUUGGUCCAAGUGGACGAGAAGGGGGAGAAGGUGCGGCCCAAUCAGAACCGCUGCAUCGUGAUCCUCCGGGAGGUUCCUGAGAGCACGCCUAUAGAGGAAGUCGAGGCUCUUUUUAAAGGAGACCACUUACCCAAGUUCAUCAACUGUGAAUUUGCCUACAACGACAACUGGUUCAUCACCUUCGAAUCCGAAGCAGACGCUCAGCAGGCAUAUCAGUAUCUCCGUGAGGAGGUGAAGACCUUCCAAGGGAAGCCUAUUAAGGCGAGGAUAAAGGCGAAGGCAAUAGCUAUCAACACUUUCAUGCCAAAGAACGGUUACCGGCCGGUGGAGGUGAACCCGUAUGCUCAGCAGCAGCAGGUGCAGCAGCAGCAGCAGCAACAACAACAACAACAGCAGCAGCAGCAGCGCUACACGUCCUACUACAUCCCCCCGGUGUACAGCCCCCAGCAGCAGUUUCCCCUCUACAGCCUCAUCACGCCGCAGGCCUGGUCCACCCCGCACAGCUUCAUCGACCCCACGCUGGUUGCACCAUUUCACAACAGCCAGUUCAUCAAUGGGUUCACCACAUCACACGGGUUCAAACCGACGACGUCUCCGCUCACCGUCAGACACUACUCUCCCCGGAACAGGAAUCACAGUAAACCUCACUUGAGGCCGACCCUCCCGACGGCUGACCGCAGCGCCGGGCUUCUGGACAACCCGGGAUUAUUUCCCAGCUUCCCAAGCGAGCGGCUGAACGGGGUCCGCAGCAGCCCGCCCACACGCCUCCCCGCCAGCCAGCCCAGAACCCGGUUACCCUCCACCACCACCACCUUCCCCCGCCGGGACACCGCCGGCACCGGGAGGGUGACGGAGCCCACGACCCCCGACUACUCCGUGGGUAUCGGGAGAGGAAGGAAAAAGAGGGACGAAAAGUUUACAAGAGUGACGCCUCAGUCGCCGCCUCCCCCUCCCAAACCCCCGUCCCCGAGCUUCGAGCUGGGUCUCUCCAGCUUCCCCCCCCUCCCCGGAGCAGCCGGUCAGCUGAAGACGGCCGACGAAGUGUUCGACAACCGGCUGGCCAGCAGCGUCGUCAUCGGGAACACAAAGGAGCGGAAUGUCAGUGCAGACUCCAGCUCUGCUGCAGUUCUGUCUCCAGCCGGCCCCAAAGAGCCUCUCCGGUCCUCCUCCUCUCCGAUGCCCUCGAGCUUCCAGCCCUCGCCGACGCCCCCGACCCCGACCCCGGCCCCUGCCCCGGCCUCGGCUCAGACCCUGACCCCCGCCGCCGCCGCCGGGCCGCCACUAAGCCCCGCCCCCUCCCUCCCUGCAGCGGAGGUGAAGGUGACGGAGGUGAAAGCGAAGGAGGUGCAGCUCUCCGUGGAGCGAGUCCCCGGCACGCUGUCCACUGCAAGCAAAUCGGUGCAAGUCAACGGUGCUGCCACAGAGUUGAGGAAGCCGUCCUACGCUGAGAUCUGCCAGCGGGCGAAGGACCUGUCGUCGCAGCAGCAGACCCCCAAGGAAGCCAAGCCAGCCUGCGCUGCCCCCGCAGGCGAGGAGAGGAAGUGCCCCGACGCCGCCACCCCUGCAGGGGAGGCCAAAACCAGAGAGACAUACCCCACUUCCUCCUCCUCUUCUUCCUCCAAACCACUCGCCUCGGGCAGACCCCCGAGGGAGGCCCGGAGGCCGGCCGGACGCUGGGCCUCCCCGCCCCCUCACACCGGGAAAACCCCCAGCAGAGAUCCCCACCACACCCCGCCCAAAUCCCCGCAGUAGGGUAGAUCUAAAAAAGGAAAUAUAAGUCAGGGCUACUCGACGCUUAUCUCCCAGAAUCAGCUGUCACACACACGGAUAGGGGACGCCUUCUCUUCUGGAUCAGGGCUUGCAGACGAAACGCACUUUACCGUGCACGUAGAGCACCAUCCUUUUUAUUCUAUUUAUUUGCUUUUUUUAUUUCAGUUUUAUUUCCUUCCUUCUUUUUGUGGUUGUGUCCGCCUAUACCCGGGCACAGACGGCACGGAAACACGUCUUUCAUUCUGUCCAAAAAGGCCUUGUGGGAUUAAAUAUUCAAGUCUUGUGCGCAAAGAAAGCAGCAGGGCAUUGUGGGAAGUUUGCCGCCCCACCCCCCCCCCCCCCUGUGGAUGAUGGGAGAGAGUGAUUAGAGUGAGGGGUUUGUUUGCAUGUGGAGUGGCACUGUUGUGCAACUUUAUGUAGCUUAAUUAUGGGUCAUAAUGAGCAGUUCUUUAUCACAUACUCACAUCCGUAUGCAAGACUUAAAUCACAAGACUUUUUUCCGCCUGAAACUGGAUUUUUUUUGCAGAAAUAUUAACACAAGAUAGUUUUCCUCCAACUUUCUCUGUGAACUAUCGGUACAGUCGCUCGCUGGGUGUCGCACUCUUCCUCGGAUCCUUUUCCUCUGUAAAGAAUCACCUCCAUCUGCUGUGUUUUUACUGUUUGCUAACACUGCUAACUACCUAGCUGUACCGCGUAGCUUGUAUCUAAACGGCCGUGACGUGAUAUCAGUGCUGUUUCUUGUUUUGUUUUUAAGCGUCAGACAAGAAGGGCAUGUGGAUAUCUGCAACCAAGCUUAAAUAUAUGAAUUAGGCAUUGGGGCAAAUUGGCUGAGAGGUGUCUGUCGAACAGAUGUGUGUGUGAAGAUUUAUUCCUGGCAUUGCAUUUUUUUAGGGAAAAACCUGAGCAAGCUUUAUCGACUGCUCCUCUAAGUUCCUAUUUGAAACUGUGGAAUCAGGCACAUACUGUCAAAGGAGAAAGGCAGGGCUGACACAUUUAAAGUCCAGCUGUGAGGAUUAAACAGUUCCGGAGGUGAGGAAACACUUAGGACGAAGGAGAUUGGUUAUUGAUUGAUAAACAUGACAGAAAGUGGGUUUCCUGCUGGAGCAGUGGGAGCCUCCUCGUGUUUUCCUCUAGGUAUGGUGCUAGACGUCGAAUCCUGGAACCUGUUACAGCAGCUCAUCUGAUAUUGUGUGUACAAAAUACUUGAUUUAAAUACAUCGGCAGAACUUUAAUUGCACUGUUUUUUUCCUCAGACCUGCAGGCAAAUGCAUUAUUAUUAUUAUUAUUAUUAUUAUUAGACAAGUGACGAGAAAAAGGGAACGGAUCCUGAACGUCAAGGGAAGAGAAAUCAAACGAACCCCCUUCUUCUCUGUGGACGCCUUGUUUUUGUUUGUGUUGUUGUGCCUUGUGGACGCCUGUUGAACACUGUGGUGAAGGAGGGGCGGUGUCACACGACAUUGAUCUCGCUUUAUAUAGAUGAUCUUUUCAGCUGAAGGAGUUCAUGCAGUGGCUUUGGCUCAUCGGUAAGGAUUUUAAUUGCUUGUAAAAAAUAAGGUAAGCGAGUAGAAUGUUUUGCAUAUAAAGGAAGGUAAAUGAUGAGGUUUCUUUUUGGGGAAUGUAGUUUGCCAGGUUGGAGUGUGAAAGGGAUUUAGUUGGGAGUCCCAUCGGGGGUCGUGUGAGACGGUGUUGAACCAAACUUUAAACAUUUUGGAGAACAGGAAAGAGCAGGUGGGUUUUACAGCAGGGAAACCAGUCGUGUGAAAUGUCAUCCUCGGGAGGGGGGGGGUGGUUUUCUCCUGUCUUCCUCACCGUCGAGUCUUCACCGCUCGUUUGGGUUUCUGUCGGCAUGCUCCCUCGUCUUCUAUUUUCAAGUUUGCAUACUUUUGAUUUAUCCUGAGUUGUCUUCAAAAAAAAAAAAAAAUGUUGGAGGAGAUUAACUGAAGCUCUCCUCACAGCUUCACUCUGGGGGGGGAGUUGGAUUUAAAGCAGAAACGUGAAGAAAAACUCACCUUAAGCUUGCAGGAUGUGCAACCACAUACAUUAAAGCGCAAUGGGACUUAAUGGAGCAGAGUUUAGGAUGGUUUCGAAGCUGGUGGAGUAUUUCUAACCCUCUGCGGAGUGAAGCAGCAAGGAUUCAGAAGUAGGGAGGAAACUUGUGUUGGAUCGAAGCUUUGGUUGGGAGCUCUGUCUACUGUAGCAGCCACUUUGGCAGAAAACCAACCAGGUCUUGGAUGUUUUACUGUAGUCUAAACAUGAAGUUGGCUGGCAAACGAGUGUUGAAUUGACAAACUGCAAUUAUGAGACGUUAAAUGUGUGCUUUUGGAUGGGGUUUCCUCCCUGAUAUUCGCUCGAGUGCUUGAUUUAAUCUCUCCUUAAGUUAUCUCAGAUGCAAAACAACCAUUAAAAGAAAACACUGUACUAUACACGAUAUCUGUUUUUUGGGGGAAACACAAACACCACGCGAGACCUCGCAUGUCUCGCUAAAGUCUUCCUGCAACAAGAAGCAUUCUGGGUAAUCCCACUAAGAGAAAACAGCCCAUCUGAGGAGGGCAACAAAAAAAAAGCCUGCUCAUAGCUGCUUUUGAUUUGGACGUACAGUUCUUGAGUUUGCUAAAAAAAAUAUAUUUUUGGGAUUUUCUUUUUCUGUUUGAAGGACUGAGAGACACUUUGGAUGAGUAGAAUGUUUUAUUUUAUUUUCUCAUCAGUGGAAAUGGUUAAAAAGAGAUGAAAAUGCACCAUAUCCACUUAUUUAUAAACCAAUGCUGUUUAUUCCAUGAGAAAUAUCGUUACGUUUUUGGUUUAGGGAGAAGAAAUAGGGAUGCGUUGAGAUCUCUGUACAAAAAAAGGAAGUGUCCAUCCAGUGUUUGAGAAACUUGAAUUUUAUUUAAACUUGAAAAAUGACUUUGCCUUAACUUUUAUACAAGACAAGCAUAGAGUUUAUUUCUUUUCACACAAAAAAAUCCCCCAAAUGUUAACGAAGCGUGACAUGUGGAACACAUUUAGACGUCACAGGUCUCACUGAGAGAGAGAGAGAGAGAGAGAGAGAGUACAAAUCUAGCAGCGUUUCCCUUUAUUUUUAACCUUUUUUGUUUUGUCAAAUGUACGAAAAAGAGUCUUUGUUUUCUUGUAGGUUGAUUUGUUUUUUUUCGAGGGGGGAAAAACAUAAACCUUGUAAAUGCAAAACUAGUCAAUACUGUAUUAAAUGUGUGCACUUUGAAGUGUGUGCUUUGCUUGUACAGUUGUAAAUACUCAGAAAAAUAUAAGAGGUACCUUAAAAAUGACUAUAAAAAUAUAUUGAUCUCGUUGAACUAUUAAUGUCGCUAUCGAGCUGGAUGUAGGAUAUACACAAAACACCAACGUAAUAUUGUGCUUUUUUAUUUUUAGUUUGGGUGUGCGGAGUUUCAAUUCUGCUCCUCUGCAGGGUGGGCAGCUCGUCUGAUUGUACAUUUUUUUGUUGUCUUUCAUUCCAUUCUUUUUGUAUGACCCCCCCUCCCUCCCUCCCUCCCUGCCUCCUCACUGUGCACUAAUUGGAGAGCCUGUGGUACUGACAGCAUUACUAAUGAACCUUUCAAAGCUGCGUGUCCACCAACAUCCUCUUUAAAAAAAAAAAAGAGCUCUGGCUUCAUUUCCUUUCAGAUGGAAUGUUUUUGUUUUAAGCACAAUAAUCUAGAAGUUUGAUUUACUGAAGAAAGAACAUAAAAAGCACUACAUGUCGGAUUUUAGGCGUCACUGUGCAGCGAAGUAUUCUUGACAUCUUUAGGCUAAGGCUAGUAUUAACAGGAUCGUGACACUAAUACUGAAUAUCUAUGACUAUGACACGCUCAUACAACCGUUUAUAAUCAGACUGCACUGCGUCCACAUGAGGUGGGCAGCAUGACAAUAUCUAUUAAUACAAUAGAGCUGGAGUUCUGCCUCUGCUAACAUUGAUUUUGUGGUUUUUCUGGUCAUAUUCGAAGAUUAAUGAGCAUUAGGGGUUUGCUCAGUGAAGGAGUAGCUACAAAUCGGGGGAAGAAUAAUAGUACAAUCUGGUUCGGAGGGACAAAAGGAUCAAUUACCAUUAGGGCGUGAUGCGUUAGCCAUGACAAAAACAGUUAGCUUAGCUUAGCACAUAGGCAGAAAACAGUUAGCUUAGCUUAGCACAGUAAAUAGACCAAAACUGUUAGCUUAGCACACAUUUCAGGGUGAAUAUUUAGCCUGUCAAAAUCUAACCGAUUCAACUUGUUUACUCAAUACAGAAAAACAGGAACUUACAUUGAGCUUUUUUUCGACAUGUUGAACAGCCAAGACAGAUUUAGAAUUGCUUGUAAGCAGAUUGGACAGAACCAUGCUAGCUGUUGCCAUCUGCGGCCAGUGUUUAUGCUAAGCUAGGCUAACUACAUCCUGACUCAUCUUUCAAAUAUCGGUAUCCACCUCCAAUUGAAAUCUCACAGAGAAAGUAGAUCAACUGUAUAACAACUGUUCUUAAACCCAGAUAAAACGCUAAUCAUUCUAUGGGAGAAAUUGGAGUUUCAUUACCAAAUUUUGGAAUAAUUUGUUGAACUAUAGAAGUUAUAAUUCUUAAAAUGUUUCCAAAAAUGGAUUAAAAUCGGUAACUUUUGGCAUAAUUAGACCAGACUUUGUAUGCAUUAUUAGCUGAGAGUCAUGGGAGGUGUAGUUGUUGUAGGCUAGUGAAUUUUAAGUUUAAAUUGGCCGUUAAAAUGUACAGUUGAAGUCUUCGGAAGUUGGACUAACCCAGGUUUACAGAAGAUGGGUGGAGUCAAAGUGAUGUAGCUAUGCUUUAUAGUUUUUGAAUCAGAUUGAGUCGCAAACACAACUCAGAUUCGGGGAAAUUGUUUGUGUGUCUUUACCGAUUAAGUCUUUUUUGCUAACAAACUAAAUACCUAAUGUUGGUUCUGGUUGGUUUUCUCGGAUAGCUGUUGCUUGUUUCUCUUAGAAUAUGGACCGAAACUUGUGUUAGCUUUGCAGACUGAUAAGAGGAAAACACUCCUUGACAAAAUCUGAAAGUUGUAGAAGUAAAACUGGAAGAUUAGGGCAGAACUUUUUUGCUAAAUCUAAGACGCUUCGGAGCUGGUUUAACGUUGGCUCGAGCUGCACCUCUAGCCACCUUUCUUUGUUUUUUUAAAGAGCGAUGCCUGAUGGACACGUCCCAGUUUUGUCUUCUGAUUUAAUUCACACGCUUCGAUGCGACAUGAUGUAAUGAACGAUAUCAAAAUGAAGCACACUUCAAGCACAUUUCUUUAGCUUGUAAAACGCUCGAGGUGGGAGCUUCCCGCCAAACGUGACGACAAACAUUUGGACCUGUGGAUUGUACAUUUAUGGUGACUCAUUUCAGAAAGACACUUAUUUUGGGAAAAUAAAGUGAAAUGUUGGAAGACUUUUUUUUUUGCCGUCACGUCAGGGAUGGCUCAAGUUCCCGCCCGAGCGUCGACGGACGACAACAUCCAGAAAGUCGUUGAAGUGUUUUUUUCCUUUAUCUGUUUCCUGUUCCUCAGCUUCCUCUCCUGAGAAAUAAAUGUACAAAUAAUGUUCUGUUUUUGUUUUACGGGGGCGAGUUGGAGAGCUCGACUGGAAUCACAGUUUUGUUUUUACACAGACCGACGUCUGAUCGCAUACAGAUUGAGGUGUCUGUUUAGAAACCAUUUGACCACAUGUGGACUGCAUUUUGUGGCAAAGAAAAACCAAUAACUGUGCCAUUAUUCAACUGUUGUUUCUUUUGUCUGGGCAGUUUAACCUGUACAUAGCUGAGCGCUUGCCAUCUUUGGCUUUUUUUUAGUUUUUAGUUUUGUUCGUUCCUGAAAGUCCAUCAAAGACUUCUCACAUCUGGAGAAAUGUGACACCGCUGACUGUAGGAGCAGAUUCCCGUUGUAUACCUCGGAACUUUUUUGAGACGUAAAAUCACAGGUUUUACAAACUGGGAACUGUGAAUGUGUGCAUGUGUGGAAUAAAUAAAUGUACCCACAGAAAGACCCAGACCCAUGCAAAGGUGACUCUUGGUUGUACCCAAAGGGAUGUCCACGAGUUCUGCACGAUCUCCCGUUUCACCGGCAUUAAAACAAACGCUCCUGGUGGCGGCGUUUCGAGGAUUUCCUUUCCUCUUGUGGACUUCUUCUCGGAGCCUCAUAUCAUUUCUCCUCCUUCCUUCCUGUUUGUCCGUUUUUUUGACAGUGCCAUUUGUUUUUGUUUCCUCAAGGGUUGCAUCUCAAAUAUAAUAUCUCGUAAUGCGCACCAUCGAGUGGUCUGUCUUUAUCAACUCACUGUGGUUUAACUCAUUAACACCAUGCUAACGGCUGCGGGACAAUCGAUGAUUUUGGACGAAUAAUUCUUUGCCUAACGACACCUUAAACAGACAUGGAAACGGAGGUUGUGUUCAAGAGGGCUUCUUCAUUUUUCUUCUGUUGAAUUUCUUUGAUUUUUUUGUUAUAUUUUUUGGGGUCUUUUCUUCCAUCGAGACUGGAAUCAAGCGUACAUGUCAGCUAUAGAUAAUUUAAGUUACUCUGUGUCAUGAUGUAAAACUGUCUAAUUUGGAGAAAAAAAUGUAGCUUACUGAAAAAUAAAGAUUUAGGCACUGUU